AACAAUGGGAAAAGAAAUAUCAACAGUCAACAAAAAUUUUUAAAAGCAUAAAAGUAUUGUUAUUAUACAAACAUACAAAUUUAAAUUAUCCUUGUAUUAUAUUUAACUUCUCUAAGCUCAAACGUUAAUAAAGGGUGAAAUAAUAUUCUUUACCUAAUUUUAAAAACACCUUUUUAAAUAUUUUUUCUUUAUAAAUAUAAAUAUGGGCAAUGCAGAAAAGCAUUUAAGACUUCCAUAUACUGUAUCUGAGGAAAGAGACAUAAUUCGAUAUAUCAUUGACAAUGAUUUUGCUUCAGAAGUUGGGGGCAACACUUUAUGGCAAAAAAUGGAAGCAGAUGGAGUGUGUCCUGAAAGAACAUGGCAAAGUAUGAAAAAUCGUUUUAAGAGAUCCAUCAUAGCAGAUCUUAACAGGCCACAAUAUGAAAUUACUCCCAAAGAACUCAAUAUGCUAAAGCAGGUAUGGAAGUUCCAGAUCAAUAACACAAUGAAGCCACAUUUAAAAAACAUUAGUCAAAGGAGAUCACCCCCACAAAAGAAAAUAUCACCUAAAAACAAAUCAAACAAGAGAUGGAUUACACCCAUAUGUUCAAGUAGUGAUGAGGAACGCAAUACUAGAAAAGAAUCUGAAAGAGGAGCUGAAAAAAAUAAAGCAAAUGGGGGAUGGCUUAAUCACAUAAUUUCCAGUAGUGAUGAGGAAAAAGAUGGUAGAAAAAGGUCUGAAAUAGGCAAGAAAUCCAAAGAAGAAAUGUCAUCUACAGAAAGUGUAGAGAGGACUCGUUCAAAGGGUUUUAGUGCAAUUUUAAAUAUUGAAAAAUCUCCAUCAUCACAACCAGAAUUGAGCAAAGCAAAGGAACCCAUUGACAAGGAUGUUGAAAAAUCCCAGCCAGGUGUAUCAAAUAUUCAAAGCACUCAAAGGAAAAUAUCUUCAAGAACUGAAUCAGUGAGUGGUGACUCAAAUAGUGGUAGCAUAGCCAGGAAUAAGAAUUUAUGUAUGACAAAAUCUCAGGGAACCAAAGUCAGAUCCAAGCUCACCUCUGAAGCUAUUCCAAAACAUUCAGGUGAUGACUCAAGUGUUAAUAACGUUCAAACAGAAAAGGAAAAAUUGCAAAAUAAAGAAAGUCCUACAGAUGGUGAUUCGCGCUCAAACAUAAAUAAUGGCGCAAAAAACACUGAAAAUCAAAUAGACCAGGAAAAACAAUGUCAAGGAUCAAAACAGCCUUCAAUAACAAGUGAGUCUUCUGAAGAGCUCUCAAUGAAGACAAUUGGGAAGGCAAAUGGUUAUAUCAGUAAUAUAGGGGCACACUGUACACGGACCCCGCAAAAACUGGGUUGGGUUGGGAAAAAAUUGAAUGAUGAAAGUCCUAAAAGAAGUUCUAGAUCCGCAGCUGUAACGGAAAAAAGGUCUCUUUCGGAAAAUGCAUCACCCCGAAGACGAAGAAGACAAAAGAUAAACUCCCAAGUGGCAAAAUGGUUGACUUCAGAUGAGGAUGAUGAUGAUAGCGUUGAUACUGACAAAUCGAAUCCGAGUACCCCUGAGCAAAGCCAUACAGCAAUAAUACUUAAAGACCUACAAAGGCAAAAAAAUGUUGAAAUAAAAAGGAUUAAAGCGCAUGAACUUAGAGCAAGUCAAGAGGAGCAAUUAAUAAAAGCCGCGAGGGAUUUCAAGAAAAAUCAACGAUUGAAGAUUAAUCCCUUUGCUAUUGGAGCUCAACAUUUCUCAAAAUUAAAGGACGUGGAAAUCAGACCUUUAUGGCCGGGCUGACAUUGCCAAAUUUCAACAGAGUACCAUUUAGUAACUACUUUUAUAUAUUCUUUUUUUUGCCUUGAAAUAUUAAAUUAUUAAAUAAAUUCCUACUUUUAAGGAUCAGGC